AUGCAGCGGUUUGAACAUAGGCGCCUGAACCUGAAAACUCGUCAAAUCCGAGUACUGAAAGUCCACGAACCGAGUCGUCAAGACCAUGCAUAUGCAAAUUCGCCCCAGAGAGACAGAUCGUCCUGUUCCAAUCAAAAAGAAUUGAUCUCAUGCUCCAUACAGCAUGUCACCUUGGAUGGUGUAAGUCCAUCGCCUUAUGUGGCGCUGUCAUAUGUAUGGGGAGACCCCGAACCAUCUGGCCACAUACUUCUGAAUGGAAAGCCAUUCCCCGUCGCAAGAAACUUGCUUGAGUUCUUGAAGCACUUCGUCAGACUACGGCGGAAGGAGUGGCUGCAGGAGGAGAGCUUCUUAUGGAUAGAUGCUAUUUGCAUCGAUCAAGAAAAUGAACAGGAACGCAACCAUCAAGUAGGCCUCAUGAGAAGCGUUUAUCAAUCGGCUCGAUUGGUCCUGAUCUGGCUUGGCCCAAAGGAAGGUGAACAUAUGCCGUGGCUCAGGAGCUUUUUGCAUUAUAACCUUCCUCCAAAUGGGAGCAAGGCACGAGAAGCUAUAGCAAAUCUCAUGUCCGACAAGUACUUUGAACGUGCUUGGACGGUUCAAGAAGCAGUGCUUGCCCGGGACAAACGACUUCUCUCAGGAUCCCACGACAUGUCUUGGAAGAUGCUGGAGGAUCUCGUUACUGCUCAAGGAUCGGCUCCUUGCAAUGAACUCCCUGAUCGCGAGUUCUUCAAUCGUCGGAACCCUCAUCCCAACCUCCCUGGCUACGCGUUCUUAAAUCUUUCGAAAUUUCUGCCACGCCAAAGUCUGACCUUUGCACUGACCUUCUUUCGUCGACGAGAAUGUGAACUCUUGCAUGAUCGGGUUUUUGCCUUGGUCGGACUCUCUCAGAUUGCGCCCGAGUUCCCGGUGGACUAUGGGUGCUCCGCAUUAGAGUUGAUGCUGAACACACUCAGCUUCUGUGUCCUCGAAAUAUUGGAAGAGAAUCUCGUCCCUGGAAACACAAAAGAGCGGCUCCGUCAGUUUGGGCUCGUCAGCCGAAUCUUGGUUGAGUUGCUAGACUUGGAAGAUUGCACUUCCAACAAAGAGCUACCACAGACUGACAAUGAACGGCCGCGAAGGAGACUUUUCCUGCCACAGAUAGUUUUCCGAGAAGAGUUAGAUGUCCCGGAGCGUAACGAGGAUCUCCUAUCCCACCAAAGUCACCCGCUUCUUGACGCAAUAGACGAUAUGGCGGCGUGGAACAGAUUACACUGUUUGUUGAAACUGGACGCUAACAUCGACGUUCUCAGAAUCACCAGAAAUUCUUGGCUUGUUGUCAGAAAGUCCCUCGGACACUACAGCGUUAUUGGGCGUAUUUGUAUUCAGGACAGACGAUAUGAUGGCUACAAAGAAUUACCACGGGUAAUGUUCUACGACAAAUAUCCGGAAGAAGGUUUACCCAGCGUCAAAGUACGACCGCGGGGUGAUAUCCCAGCUUUACAUGACCUUGCGCCUGUUGGUGAGUUGGGGGAAGUUGAGGUAACAGACGCUCGAGCGUUUGUGCUAUUAUUUGGACUUCCCGAAAACCAAGAACUUCGGCUAAAGAUUUUGCACAUGUAUGCUGAGCACGACGAUACCUACAAUGCCAACAAUAUCGUGAUGUCUAGUUGCUCUUGGUAG